UUUAUGUGCACAAGAUCACGGCUGGUCUCAGCAUCUCUAGUUCGCCUCAAACUGUGCAUUUAUUCGCGCGUCUCACAUUCUGAAUCAAAAAUGUUUCACUGUGUUUUUUUCUAGUCACAUAUUAUCGUCAAUUAUUUUCAUUUAAGGUCGCUUGUAAGUUAUUAUUUGCAACGUUAGUAAUAGUGUGAAGUGUACAAUGUUUAAUAUAAGUAGAAUUUUUACGGUUGUGUGCGCGUUAAUCGUCUUAACCAAGGCUAAGAAUAAAACAGAAUUAUUUGGAUUUCCAGAGGUUGAGGAAGACGAAAAUUUAAAAAAUAAAGAGAACAGACAACCAAUUUUCUUGCCAACGGUGUGUCCUGAAACAGAAUUAUACUACCCAGGGGAUCAAAAAGAUGAUUGGAUAUGCGACUGCAGGCCGGCAUAUCUCUAUCACCCCGUUACCGACAAGUGCUGGGCCGCCUUUCGAAAAGGGCCCUGCGCAGAAAAGGAGUACCUGAUCCUACCUGAGAAUACCGUCAUACCAGUGUGCGUGCCAAACCCUUGUAUUGUGGACGGUUACGUGCAUUGGAAUCAGAAGUGUCAGCGGCUUGGGUCUACCAUCGCUUGCGAAGACUUGUUCCCUAUACCUGCAGCUUUAGGAGUGAAUGCUACUACUUUGGUAGUCAGUUGUGUAAGACUCAAUGUGGAGCUAAGGUUUGCGAGCGUGGUGCCGGUGUCUCCUGUGGCCGCAUGCCCGAAAGGCUGCAAAAGAAGCGUCAAUGCGAAGUGCCCGACGAAUACCUAAUAAAUGUAUAAUUCAUAGUA